AUGGAUAAUAUUAAACCGUACGAUGGAGACAGUAGUACUCUCAAUAAAUUUAUCAACAGAUGUGAAAGUAUUUUUAAUAGUUACAAAAAUUUAAAUGAUGCCGAACUUAAUCAACAUAUUCUUGAAUCAAUUCAAGAAAAAUUGAUUGACAAGGCAGAGAUUAUGGUCGGUAAUCGAGCCGAAUUAACCGAUUGGAAUAGUCUUAAGACCGCUUUGAUUCAAUCAUUCUCAGAUCGAAGAGAUCUGGACUGUUUAAUACAAGAGUUAACCCGAACUCACCCUGAUAAGCAUGAAAAUAUAAUAGCUUUCGGUAAUAGGUUACAACUUUUACGAAGUAAUGUGGUACAACGUAUCAGUAACGAUACCACUUUAACACGCCAAAAAAAACUUUGCCAUAUUUCUUAUAUCGACAAAACCGCGUUAAAUACGUUUAUCGCAGGUUGUAGUGGUACCUUAAAGAAUAACAUACACAUAAAAAAACCAACAAGUUUAGAAGACGCGAUGGCCUAUGUGAUCGAAUUUGAAAAUUUUGAAAGGUUAUAUGGAAAAUGUUAUAGUGAUUUUAAUAAAUCACAAAAGCCAAAUUUCAAUAGCCCACCUAAUUCUUUUAAUAAUAAUCAACAAAAUCAAUUUAAUUCUAGAAAUAACCAUUUUAACCAUUCAAAUAAUUCAAAUAAUUUUAAGCCACCCAGUAAUUUUGCUACUUGUAACCCUUACAAUAAUAAUUAUAAUAACAAUUUUGGUAAUCAACAACCGUCCCAAUCAAAAUUUGAGUGGAAAUCACAACCGAUAAAUAUUCAAACACGCAAUGUACCACCUAGAUGA